UACAGUACACUCGGUAGGAACAUCCAGUACCGAUCUUUUGGUGCAACCUGUAUAAGGUAACGGCACAUUUCUCCUACCUCUUCGGUUUAACUCCAGGCUGACUUCAAAGCCGACUCAGUCGACCAGCAGACUCAGUCUCAACAAGUUUCAAGAUCCCAGUCUUGCAAACGUACUCACACCCACGACAUGAGUAAGUGCAAUCUUGGCCUCCUCGUCGCACUCGCGGUGCUCUUGGCUGUCGCCACAGCCGGGGACAUGAUGAGGAAGAGCAUAGUCUUCGAUAAGAACACACCGGAUGUUUUUUACUGUCCCCAACAUAAACCAACGGGUUUUGAUAAAAUGAUAGUACGUGCCAAGCCGUUAUCAAAGCUUUGCCAAUUUGAGGGAAAGCCAAUUCCGGAAGACUACAAGAGCGACUGCUACAACGACGUGGACGAGACCGAGUACGCCUGUAAAGAGAAGUACAGGAUCAUGAUGCGACUUCAUCCCCCUGGUAGCUUCACUCCGUACAAUGGAACGCGUUUGUCGAAAUUUAUGUCUAUCGGCCAGAAAUUAGACACAAAGGAGAACCAAAUUUAAAAAGGCAUCUUCGAGGGAGACAAGACGAUAAAAGAUCUCACGAGUCAAGAAAUUAUUACAAACAAUGGUUAUCUCAUCGAGGGAGAGCUCAGGAAAAGUCUAAUAACGAUGAGGAAUUACCACUGAAUUUUUCUCAAGAGUUCCGGUAAUAAAAGAGUAUUCAGAAAAUUCCUGGCAUUUUCUGCAAAGAGAUUAACAAUCGAAAUGAAAACUGUAAGAAACAGAGUCAAGAGAGAAGGAAAAAAUCCCAGCGCCUGUAAAGCCCGCGACUUGUAACAUAUUUGUAACAUACUAAUUUAUCGAGAGUAAUAUAUACACUGUACAGAUAAUGUUGCACAUUAGUUAACCGUAAAAUAAAUUCUCGUUCCUGUGUACAAAAACAAGCGUGCCCAUUUUUAUUCCUGCGAAGGCAUCGUUUCUUUAUCACAAUCUAUCCGAGUCGAAUAAGUGUUCUACGAACUACCCAAAUAUUCCAUCGAGGCUGUUCGAAGAAAUAUUCCUUCCGUUUGAUGAAUUCUUUUCCUCGGCGUAGUUUUUCACGAACUCAAAGAAUGCCUCCGGAAGUCCCAAAACAUACUGAUAUGUAAUAUUUACAAAAUAUACAAGUGGCAGUGCACCUCAAGCACGUCAGGUACGCCGAUUAAAGUACAAAGAGUAUAUUUCAUUUGUACAAUAUAUUAAAUCAAUCGAUCUCUGUUGACGAUUACGACAAUCGAUAGCCUAGAGCUACUCUUCAUCCCCGUCAAAAUAUAUGAAUAUCCUCGUGUAAUCUCCGAGGACACUAUAAAGACGCAGUUGACAAGAAUAGUACAUUCUCCAUUGCCAAGAAGCCCAUACAUCUCUUUCAUACUAUUCAUUUCCCGUUAAUCGUCGAGACAAUGCGAAUUUUCCCUAGUACCGCUCUCGUGCGUGCUCCUAACCUAAAUACAAACGAAAUUCCAAGUCCAUUCGAAACAAUUCUUACAAUUGAAUGGAAUUACAAUGAAAUAAAACGUAUUGCAAUUAAUAGGAUCGUAUUACAAUUAAUCGAAUCCUAUCCAGCCUCAUCCGCAGGACCUUACAAACUCACCUCCGCAAGUUUUUCAAAAACCAAAGAAAAGGAAAGAAAAAAAAAAGGUAAUUCCGACGAACGUGACGUCAAAACAAACGAUAAUUCUGAAUAUUCACC